GGCUCCCCUGGCUUUCGGGAACCCGGGGGCGGCCUGUGGCGUGCGGAGCCCGAGCGGGACUGCGCCUCCUUGGACCUUGAGGGGAAACAUGCGUUUGGCUUGGAUGAUUUUAAAUUCUUAGUUUGGGAUCCCCGCCCGCCUGCGUCUUCUGCCCCGCAGGUUUUCUUCUCUCUCACCCUUUUUCCCCCCUUUUCCCCUCACGGCCUCCUUUUUUACUCCCUCCCCCUUUAUGCUGGCCCAAUCCUUCCCCCGCUGCUGAGAAGUGGGGGAGGGUCUCGGCCUUCGGGUUCCCGCCCCAUCGGGGUCUGGGCUAGGAUGGGGGGCAAGCAGAGCACGGCGGCGCGCUCCCGGGGCCCCUUCCCGGGGGUCUCCACCGAUGACAGCGCCGUGCCCCCGCCGGGAGGGGCGCCCCACUUUGGCCACUACCGGGCAGGCGGCGGGGCCAUGGGGCUGCGCAGCCGUUCCGUCAGCUCUGUGGCGGGCAUGGGCAUGGACCCCAGCACUGCCGGAGGGGUGUCCUUUGGCCUGUACACCCCCGCCUCCCGGGGGACCGGCGACUCCGAGAGGGCACCGGGCGGCGGAGGGUCCGCGUCCGACUCCACCUAUGCCCAUGGCAAUGGUUACCAGGAGACAGGCGGCGGUCACCAUAGAGACGGGAUGCUGUACCUGGGCUCCCGAGCCUCGCUGGCGGAUGCUCUACCUCUGCACAUCGCACCCAGGUGGUUCAGCUCGCACAGUGGUUUCAAGUGCCCCAUUUGCUCUAAGUCCGUGGCUUCUGAUGAGAUGGAAAUGCACUUUAUAAUGUGUCUGAGCAAACCACGCCUCUCCUACAAUGAUGACGUGCUGACUAAAGACGCUGGUGAGUGCGUGAUCUGCCUGGAGGAGCUGCUGCAGGGGGACACGAUAGCCAGGUUGCCCUGCCUGUGCAUUUAUCACAAAAGUUGCAUAGAUUCGUGGUUUGAAGUGAACAGAUCUUGUCCAGAACACCCCGCGGACUGACCCUGCCGGCGUGCUCGCUGACUCCUCUCAAAGGGACAGACAGGCCCUGUUCCCGAGAGAAGGCUCGCCGGACACUGGAGCAGAGCUGAGCGUGGGACACCAGUGGGGGACAGGGCACCCCUCCUGCACUGACUUCAGGAACGGCGCUCCCUUCCUCCCCGAGGACACCCCAUUGGAUGAGAGCGAGUUUGAGAGAAGGCAUCAACCCUACCCUUCCCCUCACCCCUCAUCCCAGGAGGGAAAGGGCAUUUUCUUUUUCACCUUUGAAAGGCGUUGUGGGUCUGUCUUUAAAGUGUUUACAAAAAAAAAA